UUAGUGGAGGAGGAGAAUGAAGAUCUCCUCAUAUAAAGACACUCACUGACAUAAACAUUCGGAUGCUCAUGUAAAUCUGAAUCUGUAAAGAUGUUGGUUGUUGUCACACUCGUUUGUCUGAUUGACCUCUCAUCAGCUCAUCCAAUCAUUCAGAAAGAUGUUUUGGACGAGUUGGUCACCGAGACAAACUCUGAACGAGAAACACUUAACAUGCUCAAUGUGACUGAAGUGGCAAUGAUCACCACCACACCUCAAGUGCAGCAACCCAAAGAGAGAGUAAAUCAGUCUAUAAAACGAAAUACUGCAACACAAAGUUCAUCAGAAUCUGAAAGUUCUGAGCAGAGCGAGUCAGUGGAAGAUGUAUCAGAGACUUCUGAGGAGCAAGACACCUCUGAGCAGACCUCUGAAUCGUUGGAGACAACUUUUCAGCAACACACAGCUUCAGAUGAUCUGAGAGAUGACAGUCGAGGAAGCGAGGAGAACAUCCGCCGGAGUUGGGUUCGAGUUCACAGCCUUCACUUUGAUAAGCACGCGGUGACUCUAGACGUGACCGCAGACACGGUGACUGACGUAGCAACUGCAGCUGUUGCGACUGAAGCAGUAGAGACGUUAACUGAUGGAGUAAUCCGCAGCUCUCCGACAGCUCAGACGCUUGGAGUUACCGCAGCUGUAGAUGUGCAGAUGGAUAGUGCUGCCAGCAAGAGCGUGGAGAGUGAUGAGGCGGAUCUACAGCAACUGAACAUGUGCAAAGAUCAAGCAGAUCAUGAUGAAUGCAUCGAUGGUGGAUUCGCUAAUGAUGGCGGCGACCACCAGAGGGAUUUUCACCAUGGUGCACUGAGUCUGGAUGAGCGUCCCAGAAAUAUACCUUUUACACGAGCCCACUUUCAGCCAUCAGAAAUAUAAUCUUUUAAAAACACUAAAACGCAGUACGCUUCCUGUCCAAUAGGGGGAUCAUUUCAUAUAGUGUUUGUCUGAUUAUAUAAUGCCUCUUAGUCUCUGCUAUAUGAUUUUUAUCCAGCUUUAAGUGUGAACGUGGUGGUCUGGCACAGCGACUAAUGGACUGUAAUCAGAUGUUGCAACAGGAAACUGUGUUACGUUUACUGGUUACUUCAUGAUGUAAUGUGAUUUUGUAUUAAGGAAGAUGGACCCUUGUCACUUUACAGUAUUAAAUAGAUACUCCACCCAAAAUGGAAAUGUAUGUCGUCACUUACUAAUGUUGCUUUCAUGUAACACAAAAGAAGCUUUUAGCCAGUGUGCUAGUCACCAUUUUCUUUUACAUCCAAUAAAAGUGAAUGGUGACCAAAUCCUUCAGCCUAACAUCUCCUUUUGUGUUCCAUCAAGAAAGAAAAUCAAGAUGAGGAUGAGUAAAUGAUGACAUCGUUUUCAUGUUUGGGUGAAGUAUUGUGAAAUAGUACAUUUAAAACUUUAUGUAAGUGUGUUCAAUAAUAAAACUACUAACAUAAGACAGAACA